UAUUUAUGGCCAUAUCCUCUGUUUCCCCUUCACCUUUCUCCUUCUCCUCUCUCUGUUUUCACUUCUUUUCUAUUAAUCCUCCAAUGAACUAAAAGAAAAUUUCAGUUCUUGAAACUUGAGAGUCAUGAAGUUCCCGGUCUUUGUAAUCCCCCUCAUCGCCGUUUCUUGUUUUCUUGCUGUUUUAGGUCCUCGUUUCAACACCGAUUGGACCAUUUUCUUUGACAAAUAUGCUUCAACCCAGCCCUCUCUUUCUUCUUCCUUCAAAAGAGAGGGAUUUCAUUCUAAUACCUCCGUUCCGGUAGCGACGGAGGAGGCCGCGGCGGCGAAUGUCUCUGUUCUUUCUUUUUCUUCUCCACCGCCACCAGUGGACGACGGAAAACAAAGUCUUCAACUACACCCAAACAGGACGAGAGUCAACGAAGAUUUGGGAGAAACCGCGACCACCAUUAAUGAAGUGAUCAGAAAGGUUUCUAAUGAAAGUAGUUAUGAAUCAGCGGUGAAAGUGAGAGCAAGAAGGCAGAGAGAAUAUACAAAAUUGGAGAGAAUUGAAGCAGGGCUACGAAGAGCAAGAGCCGCCAUUAGAGAAGCUAAGUUCCUUAAUCAAACGCAAGAUCCUGACUUCGUUCCUUCUGGUCCAAUGUAUUGGAAUUCCAAAGCAUUUCACAGGAGUUACCUUGAGAUGGAGAAGGAGAUGAAGAUCUUUGUGUAUGAAGAAGGAGAGCCUCCCCUGUUUCACAAUGGCCCUUGUAAGAGCAUUUACUCAACUGAAGGUAACUUCAUCCACGCCAUCGAAAUGGACUCCCAAUUUCGAACCAAAGAUCCCAACAAGGCCCAUGUAUUCUUCCUACCUUUAAGUGUUGCCAUGCUCGUUCGGUUCGUCUAUGUUCAUGACUCACAUGACUUCACUCCAAUACGACACACUGUCGUUGAUUACAUCAAUGUCAUUGGAACCAAAUACCCGUUUUGGAAUCGUUCACUCGGUGCUGAUCAUUUCAUGCUCUCCUGCCAUGAUUGGGGUCCGGAAGCAUCGAAGUCAGUCCCCAAUCUAUACAAAAACUCGAUUCGAGUACUCUGUAAUGCGAACACCUCCGAAGGGUUCAACCCGUCGAAGGACGUAUCAUUCCCAGAAAUCAAUCUACAAACAGGCCACUUGACUGGAUUUCUUGGCGGCCCAUCUCCCUCCCACCGCCCAAUAAUGGCCUUCUUCGCCGGUGGGCUUCACGGCCCAAUAAGACCCAUUCUAAUCCAACGGUGGGAGAACCAAGACCAAGACAUUCAAGUCCACCAAUAUCUCCCCAAGGGGGUCUCUUACAUUGACAUGAUGAGGAAGAGCAAGUUCUGUCUCUGCCCCAGUGGCUACGAAGUCGCCAGUCCUAGGAUUGUUGAGGCCAUUUACACCGGCUGCGUUCCCGUCCUCAUUUCCGACCACUACGUUCCACCAUUCAGCGACGUAAUCAAUUGGAAAUCUUUCUCGGUUGAAGUGUCGGUCGAUGAUAUUCCAAACUUGAAGACGAUCUUGACAGGAAUAUCGACACGGCAGUACUUGAGAAUGUAUAGGAGAGUGGUGAAAGUUAGGAGACACUUCGAAGUGAACUCUCCGCCGAAGAGAUACGAUGUAUAUCAUAUGAUUUUACAUUCUGUAUGGCUUAGAAGACUCAAUCUUAGGUUACGUUGAUACUGAUAUUAAUAUGUUUUGGAUAGUAAUCAAUUUUAAUUUGUAUAGCUAUUUAUUGUUUAUUUUUAUUUUUCUUCACAUUUAUGUAGAUUUAUGGAUUCUGUAAUAUGAGUGAUCAUAGUGAUUACGUAUUUUGGUUUAAUAUAAGAAAAAAGAAUUAUUUAUUAA